AUUUUCAAACCCAUCCCAUUGACUAUCCAAAAUCACCUUCACAACGCCCGCACAUUCACUAUGACCAUCUACUCUUUCUGGAUGUUUGACAGACACUGCAACUGUAUCUAUACGCGUGAAUGGACACGCUCUAGCCCACUGGUGCCCAGCCAUUCCUCCCAUUCGUCCGUUUCGUCUACCAGCAGUGCCACCACGCUCCCCGCGGGCGCCAUUGGGACGGUGAACGCGUCAAAUCAGAAUGAUUCGGCCAAACUACUCUUUGGGGCUCUUUUUUCGCUCCGAAACAUUGCCAACAAGUUGGGCACUCUGCCAUUCAAUGAGGACACUUCGGUGACGGACCCCCUCGCGAUCCACCGCAAAAACUCUCUUAAAUCCUUUGCCACAGGCAAGUACCGCGCACACUUUAUGGAAACCGCGCUGGGGUUGUACUUUUGCAUUCUCUCGGACCCUAAUGUGGCUGACUUGCAAAUCGUGCUAAAGGAUCUUUACGCGGACGUGUAUGUGAACCACGUGGUGAAGAAUUCGGCGAGUGAUGUGGAUUUUCCGGCGGAGGAGGUUAUUGGGAACGAAAGCUUUGUCAGGGGUGUGGACCAACUAAUUACCGCAUUGCCUGCGUUUGCGUAAACCGGUGCGAGCGAAAUGGAUGUCUAUCUAUAGAAGCACUACUUAAUGUCAGAAAGCUGGCAAAAGCUCGGGUUGAGAAAUGUGAGCCUUCCAGGAAAAUGAUUAGUGGCAUGAUCGGGAAACCUAAAGAGUUUAAAGGGACUAAAUAUCGCCUAGGAAAGUUCAGAGAUGCAUGAUAUCGAGAUCUAUAUAAAGAUAUACACGGAAUAAGAGGA